UCCCGCGCCUCCUGACGUCAGGAGGGAGGCGUGUGUGAGUGAGUGAGGGGCCCGAGGUGCCGCAUGCUCACUCACACACACACACACACACACACCCAGAGCCACACACACGCGGCACAUCUUUCAGACCGUCCCCUGCCCGCCAGCCCCGGACGCCGGAGAGAGGCAAGUGCCGAAGCCACAGCAGGAGGGCAGGGCCCGGCCCGGCUGCCAAGGAGAGAGGAGGGCUGGACUGGCAGAGGCCUCGUGAGUCAUCUGGACCCGUGACGACGCGUGUCGCCAAGGAGAAAGACGGAGCCCGUGGCUGGUGAGGCUGCCGAGCGGGGCCAGGCCGGGCCCUGCCCGCAAGGAUGCCCGAGCCCUGCACCGGCUGCCGUGCCCCGGAGCCCGCCAGGCUCUCCUGCCGGCCCCGCCAUGACGUCGGAGCCCACGUCGCCCCCGGUCGUGCCCCCGCUCCACUCCCCCAAGUCCCCCAUCUGGCCCACCUUCCCCUUCCACCGGGAGGGCAGCAGGGUCUGGGAGCGGGGUGGGGUCUCGUCCCGGGACCUGCCCAGCCCGCUGCCCACCAAACGGACCCGGACCUACUCGGCGACAGCCCGCGCCUCGGCUGGCCCCGUGUUCAAGGGUGUCUGUAAGCAGUUCUCCCGCUCCCAGGGCCACGGCUUCAUCACCCCCGAGAACGGUGCCGAGGACAUCUUCGUGCACGUGUCGGACAUCGAGGGGGAGUAUGUCCCCAUGGAAGGUGACGAAGUGACCUACAAGAUGUGCCCCAUCCCACCCAAGAACCAGAAGUUCCAGGCCGUGGAGGUGGUGCUCACCCAGCUGGCCCCUCACACCCCCCACGAGACGUGGUCCGGCCAGGUGGUGGGCUCCUAGGCCGGGUGGGGCGCCACUCAGGUUCAGGCGCUGGCUGACCCGGUCCCCCGGGGCCUCAGUGUGCACGUCCGUCUGUCUGUCUGUCUGUACUUGUGGCCUUGAGCGUGUGCCUCUGUCUGCUCCUUUCCCCCCAAGACCUGUGAUUGGGUGGGAGGCAGCUGGGAGCUGGGUGCAGGGGGAAGCCACAAGGCUGCUUUCCCUGCUUGUUCGCUGCCCCCCACCCCUCCCCCCAAACACACAGGACCCAUCACCCUCUGCCCACUUGUCCUCAUGUCAACUGAGCCUGAGACCCCAUUUCAGACCUGAAGCUGGGAUGCAGGUGGGCCCGCUGGGACCCCUGCCCGCACAAGCCUGCUCCCUUCAUCUCUGCCCCUGAGCCCCUCUCUGUAUCAAGCCCUGCUCGAGCCUCCCAGCCCCCAGCCUGGGUUGGGGUCUCUCAGUGGCCUCAACCCUUCCCUGCAGCAGCCAGGCCUGUGAGCACUUUGGGGGAGCCUCCUGUCUCUGGCAGGGGAAGGGGGUAGAACAUGGAGGCAGAAGGGCCCCUCGUCACUGCCGUGGCCCAGGCCCUCCAUCUGCAUUGCAGAGGCAGGAGAGAGGGGCCUGGGGGCAGAGGCGGUUUGGGGAGCUCCUGUCAUGAGGGCCACAGUCCCUCCUCCUCAGUCUGGCAGUGGCUCUGUGAACCCUAAAUUGAGGCCAUGUUGCCUUGCCUGGGCCACACCGAGCCAUGCAGCCCACCUCAUCCUGAGGUGAGGGUCAGCAGAGGGGCAUGACCCCCAGCAUGGGCACAGCCCCCUGACUCACAGCCCUCCUGAUGCUCCGCCCCCUGCCCAGCCACGCUGGCAGCUGGGACGCAGCAAUGGACAGAGCCAGCUGCAGACCGGCCUGUGUGCUCGUUUCUCAGGCGGGGCCGGGUCGGGGCAAGGAUGGGCCUCAGCCUGGAAGACCCCCAGGCCUGCACCCCCACGCUGGACCCCCUUCCUGCAGCCGCAGGACGGGAGGCUCAGGUGGGGGCCUAUCUUGUCUGUCCCUCUCACCUGGAGUCCUUUUGGGUCAAGACACAUGUGUUUAUGUCCAUUCGCUCUUGGCCAGGGGUGGCCCAGCCUGGGGGGGCCAAGGAGGGGCCCUGCCUCCACCCUCCCCCAACUCCCUCCCACUCCAUUUUGGGGAGCACAGAGAAAUGGGGAUUCAGGUUCAAGGGCAGGCUGUCCAGGGUCCGUGACCCUUAGGAGACCUAGUCAGUAAAAUCAGGGACUCAAAUGCUCAAGAUGAGGGGGUCAGUGGUUCCCAGGGAGGAUCCCCAGCCCUGAAGGUAGCCAAGGUCCCAGGGGCAGAGAGCAGCUGGGGUAGCUACAUCCCACCAGCAACCCAUACACAGGCUGGGGGCCUGGAGAUGGGCUGGCCAGCCCCCAAAACAGGGAAGGGCCCAGCCUGCCACCCACUCUGAGCUGGGGCUCCUCUGGACAAGGCCUGAGGGUACCCCCAAGGAGCAAGGACUCCUCAGCCCCCUUGGCAGGAGUCUCACUGGUGCAGGUUAACUCCUGGGGUCCCCCAAGGAUUCCCCCCGGAAUAGGUCUCCCUUUUAGGCAUCAGGCACCAGCCAGCAGCAGACAGACGUGGUGGCAUCAAGCCCUGGGGCUGCCUGGGGGGCAGAGGGGCAGCAGCACCCCCUCCCCCAGCCCUAUCCCCCCCAGCCCUGCAGGCUGCAGUCAGAGACCCUCCCAAGAGCCCCAGCCACCCUGUCACCCCCAUCCUCCCCAACACAGGCAAUAAACCCUCAACUGUGACUCA